AUGAAUCAACAUUUCUGGAAGAGGUGGUCUCUAGAAUAUUUAAAUAACUUACAACAAAGAAGCAAAUGGACGGAGGUAACAAAGAAUUUAAAGGUCGGAGAUCUAGUCAUCAUCAAGGAAGAAAAUAUUCCUCCAUGUAAGUGGCACACUGCCAGAGUAGAAGAAGUACAUCCAGGAACUGAUGGAAUAUUCUGUGCAGCAUUUGGUUGUAGUAAUCAAUUUUCAAAAGGCUGCAGCUUAUCGUUUCACAGAUUUCCGAAAAAUCCUGACCUGAGAAGGAGAUGGGCAUUAGCUACAAAAAGAAAAGAGUUUACGCCAAACAACACCACCGUACUUUGCUCUAAACAUUUUCAAGAAAGUGACUACGAAGUAGGAGGGAUUGUUAAAAGAUUAAAACCAAAUUCAGUUCCUUCUGUGUUCGAGUUCCCCCCAAAUUUGCACCUUCAAUCAAGUGCACCAAAACACAGAAGAACUUUAUUUCGAGCUGAGGUCUCAAGGAAAACAUCAAAUACAAAUACCGACAUCAACGACAACAAUGACAUACAUAACGAGAAUAAUACACUUACUUCCUUUACCGAAGCACAGAAUAAACGAAAUACAACAAAUGAAACUCCAACAGACUGCUCAUCCACCACCAAAAAUAAGAAACAGCUAUUUUAACCUUCAAAUUCGAUGCAAAGGAGCCUUGGACCGUCCGCCGUGUAAGGCCUUCGACUGAAGCUUCCGCUGCCUGGUCAGCCUUUCGCUGCUUCGCUCAGAUGCAGAUGUAGAAGAUACACUACUGCUGGAGGGAUUAUCAUUAUUGAUAAACUACUACUAUGCUGUUGUUCAUGGUGGUACAGCAAUCAGCAAUUUGUUAAUUUAGAAUGAAAUGGUUUAUAUUACCUGUCCGUCAGUGAUCCUAUUGUUGUC